AGCAAAGAUGGCAGCGCCUGCAGUUGUGGAAACCCCGUCGGGGAAAGAUGUGAUCGCGGAGGGACUGCUGGAACUUCUGAAACCAGCCGUGCAGCAGCUCGACUUGCAUGUGCACUCCGUGAGAGAAAGCCAAGUGGAGUUGCGAGAACACAUUGAUAACUUGGCCACAGAGCUCUGCAGGAUCAAUGAGCACCAGAAGGUGGCGCUGGAUCUGGACCCCUACGUAAAGAAGCUGCUGAAUGCAAGACGCAGGGUGGUGCUGGUUAACAACAUAUUACAGAAUGCUCAGGAGCGAUUGCGACGGCUCAACCAUAAUGUUGCCAAGGAGACGGCGCGUAGGAAGACCAUGCUGGAAACGUCUGGAGCGUUCACCCCCCGGUCGCCCAGCAAGCCGUGAUGCAGACGAAGAAUGGACACGCUGUAACACAGCGUGCACCGCAAUGAACCGAAAGACUGGAGUCCUUGCUCUCCUAAAGCUCAAGCGUGGUUUUGCUUGCAGAAAUGCUCUGUACCUUACACCAUUAGACAACCCGAUGUACACAGGUAUACUUACGCUGUGACAUUGAGAUAAGACCCCUGACAACACCCCUCUGCUGCUACACCUUCUGGGAUGUAACUCUGCUCAUUCAGAUAUACUGGAGUAUUCACCACCUGCCUGUUAGUAGCAUUUUAACUAUAUACACCCCCUGUCAUUGAUAUACACUUGUACUGUGCAUAUUUAAAAAUAAAAAAAAACACUUUGCACUGGCACGUGUAGAAAAGAAAUGGUACAGAUGACCAGUGAAAAAGUGAAACUCAUUUGGGAGCUCUCGCAGUCCCGCAGUAGUGGUAAGAGGAAGUAAUUCUUACAUGAUUCACAGGAGCAGUUAAGUUUUUAUGAGCAAUUAGAUUGGUCUGCACUACUCCACACAAGGGCUGCAAUGUUGGGAUUUGACCACAAGGGGGAAUAAUUCAUCAAACAGGCAGGGCUUUGUGACUUUGCAAGACUGUUACAUUUUUGUUUUAUUUAGCUGUUAAAUAUUGUAAAAUAUGAAAAUAACUUUUAAAAAUGUACUAAAUACAAAAAAUAGGUUGUAACAAUAAUUAUUUACUGCAUAUCUCAUGUUGUAACAUAGGAAGAAUUUGAAGUCUUGUAUCUGUAUGCAUCUCUCAGAAAACCUUUGUAAAAAGUGUCUUGAUUUCAACAGAUCAAGUGAUAUAUUCUGCCCCAGUUGAUUCUGUCUUUAUCCGGCAUGUGUCUGCUUUUCCCUUAAACCGACCGUGUUGACAUGUAGUCGAGGAAUGGGACGCAAUCAUCUUGACAAGCCAUUGAGGUCUUGCAGCUGUGUACACAAGAACGAGGGCCUAAUAGUGUGGUACACAUAUGGGUCAACCAGAAUGGAGGCUCUGGGGAAUCUGCGGUAUAGAACAUGGCGCAUUCCUGAUUCAUGUAACUGACAACUAAGACGAUGCUUCUCUGGCCAGGCCUAAGAGGGAGACAGUUCUGUAGGAAAUGUGUUUGGCAGAAAAGUAGUAUCAUGAAUAAAGCAAGAGAG